UCCAAAGCCUGUCAAACAACAGCCAGAAGCUAAAGUACAGGCACUGGAGGGGUGGUCGACUGCGACAGUCAUGAAGUCCGAUGAUCUUCGUUAUUUGGGCAUUGCAUUCGUCCUGUUGGCCUUCGCGCACUACUGUGACGCCCAGUACGAGGAUGUGCGCUGCAAGUGCAUCUGCCCCAGCACCGCAGUGGUCAAGGGCUCCCAGACCAACCGCAAGCUCUACAUUAUGAAUGUGCCUCCACAGAGAUGCAACUGUGAAGGGGUGAUCCUGCCCCAGGCGAACGACAUCAAGGGCCGAGAGAGCGAGUUUUGUCCGCGCUGCAAGUGCCGCUACGAGCGCCGCAACACCACCACGAUCCGCGUGCUGGUCAUCCUCAUCAUCUGGGUCAUCUCCCUGCUCUCGGUGUACAUGCUGUUCUUGAUGUGCCUCGACCCACUGCUCAACCGGCGUAAAGCAGCCUCUGCCUACCAAGAGCACGUCGAUGAAGAGCUCAAUCUGGAGGAGCCCCUGCCAGUUCACCAGCAGCGCACACGUCGCUCAAGCAGCAGCGUGCUCAACAAGGUGGGCCAGCAGCAGGACAAGUGGAAGCGCCAGGUCCAGGAACAGCGCAGAAACAUCUAUGACAAGCACACCAUGCUCAACUGAGUUAUCUCUGCAAAGCAGCCACCAGAGGAGGAUUCAUCCUCUUUUGGCCCCACGGGCCUAAAUUGCACUGAAUCUUGGCUGUCUUUUUUUUCUGUUUUUUUUGCAUUAGUCUGGAGAAUUUCCAAAUCUUCCUUGGUUGACCUCGUAUGAGACAUUCUUUGACAUUUUGAUUGAGUGUACUAAGACGAGGACAGAGAGAGGUACAACAACAUGGGCAGUCAACGUUCAACUUGCUUAAUCACAGAAAGGCGUAGCUGUACAUAGUGACCUAUGAUAUGGGGAAAAACCAUUACAUCUGCUUGUCAGCCUAGCAGGGAGACCACUUGUAAAAAAAAACAUAAUUCAAAUUGAAAUAAUCUAAUGCAUCGCUUACACAGUAACUGUUUUUUUGUUGAACAUAAUAUGCCUGUAGCAGCUUCCUGACAGACCAAUAACAGCGUGAGCAAUACGUCUAUACAAUGUUUCAUUCAGAAAUACAGUUGCCUGCCCUGCUAGGCUCAUUAGCAGAGGGAACUAACUGUUCCUGCGCAUGUCAAAAAAUCCUACAUACGGCUACGUCUUUUUGUGAAUACUGUAUAUACUUGAACAAUUUGCACACUUUUUUUCAUGAUUCUGGAGCUCCGAGAAGGGUUGCACAAAUUACGCGGGCAUUUCGUGAGCGCAUACAAAAUAAUGUUCAAUAGUCCUAAUGCAGGAAGAAUCGUGCGAAAGAAGUUCGCACAGUAAAGAAAGUAAAAGAAAUUGGAGCACCAACCAAGUGUACUUGUUUAUUUAACAGAAUUAGCACAUACUUUAACCAGUCAGACCCGGUCAUGCGUGGUACGUCUAGUCGUAAUCGAGAAUAAUCCGUUGCAGCGGCUGCCACCGCCCUUCCAAAGCGAAUCACCCUUGGUUCUGUCCAGCGCGUUCGAAUGUUCCAUUUUGUUGCUCUUCUCGACAAUGCUGGGACAAACUAGGUCUCCCAACACGGUGAUACUGGGGGACCUAAGCAUUCGCACAUAACUGAAAAGUCCUCCUUCAACGGCAGGAAACUUGUUUCAGCAAGCUCGCACUCUUUUUCACACCGAUUGUCACGCGCAGGAAAACUUCACCCUGAAGUGGUUGUUGGUGGCACGAUUCCCCCUUUUUUUUUUUCGGCUAACUUCACAACAGCAAGUUUCAAUUUUGCGUUAUAUAUAAUUACUGCAGCCAAUCACAAGAGAACAGUAAGAAGGCGAAGGACAGAUGGUGAAACCUAAACUUUCAAAAUCACCGAAAGAUGCAUUGCAGUGCGGACGCAGAGAACGAGGGGAACAGUUGGCACGACAAGCCUGACAGGCCCUCACACGCCUCCUGUGCCGAAAGUUGUCCGUGACAUGACGCGAGCGUGCAUUCAGAAGAUGGUAGAGAUGGAGAGAUACAGGGGACAAAGGUUUGUGCAGUUCUGACAACCCGUCAACAGGUUUCAAGUUCGUGCACGGUAUUCUAGGGAACCUAGUUCAGGGAAAGUCUUCGAAAGAACUGACUUUGCACUCUCAGCCCGUCUGACUGCACUCGCCCGAUCGGCGGUGCGCGAUCCUGGGGUGCACAUCCAAAGAAUCCGAAGGUCCACAGUCUCUUCAUGCACGCACUGGUGAGCUGGCUCACCAGUGCGUGCACUGCGAGUGAAUGUGCGAGUAAAUAUUUUUUUUCAUAAAGCUGACAAAAUAAUGGGGCUGCGCAAAUUAUGCAUGGUGCUAGUUAUGCAAGUAAAUACAGUAAACGAGCUGAAAGUUUUCCACCAAUGUCAUCCUACUUCUCUCUAACAUCAUCCUUAGUGUGCGGUGAAAAUGUAAAAAAGCAAGUACCAACUCGGCCAGACUCAAGUUCUCUUGAAUCGUACGAGAUGAACGACAAUGGCCUAAAGCUCAGUAUCUAGUUAAAAGCACAUUGUUUCCGGGACCCUGGAGAGAAAGAUGUAGUCGAUUUAGGUGUGCAUUAUUUGAAAAUGAAAAAUUAAUUAGUGAAAAAGAAAGCAUACUUGGAAAAGUUUGAAUUUCAUCCUAGAACCACAAACCAAGCAGCCAGCGCAAUGUCACCAACCUAAGCCUCCUAUAGGAGCAACACUCCUAAUUUAGAUGCUAAUGGCUUUAGAACAUUAUCUAGUCUCUUUUAUACUGUGUAAUGAGCUCCAUUUCCCAGUAAAAUGCAAAAACUUUUUUACUUGAGUGUGACAACUUUAAUGUUAGACUCGUGUGAAUAUUUGUAGGAAUAUUACACUAUUCGAACUUCUUUUGAUUUGAAUGUAAAUUAAUGUAAGUAUGUAUUCGGAAUGAACGAAUAGGAGUAGAUGUAUAUUAGCCGGCUUCUUACCCCUCUGUAAAGGUGGUUUCGCUGCCAUAAUGUUGUGCUCUGCCGUGCUUGAACAUGUAUAGCACAUUACAGGGAAGAAGAAACGGUCGAGCAGACCGACACAAGAGGAGGCUUCCAUUUCUUCUUCCCCGUAAUGCGCUAUACCUGUUCAAGUACGACGAACCAACUCCCCCAAUCUUCAACACUCGUGCUCUGCCGUGAUUACACUUAAUCAGAAGAAAUUCACACUGCCGUGAAGCUUCACUUCAAGGUUUAUUGCACAUAUUGCCUUCACAUUGAUGCAUCAUUUUUAAAGUUUAAAAGCUUGUUAUACUAACUUACAAGCUCUAAGUAUAGAAAAUUUCAAAGCUUGACCUAUUUCACAGGUUAUCUUGCAAUCUACCGAAAGUCGUACCCUGCUGUUCUUAAAGGUUGCUUCCAUUUUUUUUAACCAAAAAGAAUGACAUUUGCACAUGCCUUGUUACGAUUUUUUUUAAUAUUGCACAGGUUAAAGUGUUCAUCAUAAACGUGUGGAUUUUUCUUUAUAAUAUGUGUUAUAUACUAUUUUAAUUCAAUUCAAAAUUACCCGACGAAAGGACUAUUUUGAAGUCACUUCAAACCUAAAAUUUACUAGUAUUUGUGCAAACAAAGUCAGUACAGCCUAGUUAAUUUUCCCUCUUCAUCAGAAAACCAGCAAAUGCAUGGGUGGGCACUGUGCACACUUGUUUUCCUUCAUCUCAUGACUAUUCUGCUGUUGUUACCUGGUUUGUUUAAAAAAGCCACUGACAGCCUUUUCAUUUUUAUGUUGCGCCGCACUUCAGGCAGAUGUGUGAUAUAGUCUGUUCUUUCCUUAUCUUUGUAGAACUCUCACCAGGCCACAUAGCCAGUUUUAGUCAUGCACUGGAAGUAGUUAAAUGCCUAACACAAAGCAUCCUACAAAAAAAAAACCCACAACAUUUUCGUAUUAGUUCACCGCAAGCAGAAAGAAAAAAGUUUUGAAGCAGUGUGCAGCCAUGAUGCAAUCAGAGUUCAUUCAUCAGAUACUUGAGAAACUGCAUUCCGAAACCUAGAUUCUGCAGGUACCGGUAAAGCCCCUAAAAAAGUAGUGACGUAUGUGAUUAUUCACGCGCCUCCUCUUUGCCCCCUCCUCUGACCUCUCCGAAGCUGGCACCGCGUCCGUAUUGGCCAGAUGCCAUCACGUGGGACUGCUAGUUUACAGUCUCUUGCGACUACCAUCUUUGCUCUCGAGAUGCAGACUGCUUGAUGUACAGCGCAUCUGUUUUGAUGGAUACCAACUUGUCCUUCUGUGCACGUUGUGCUGUGAAAUACUUUUCACCCAAUAAUGACGUCACUGCUCGUUGUGAUGAGUGGUUGUUGCACUUUUUGAUGCCAGAACAAGUUUAGUGACGGCCGAAAGCUCUUUGAUACCGCCCACUAAGUGCAAAGAGUUGCGACAAAAGACAUGGUUGCUUAGAAUCGAAAGUGAAAAUUUCAGGCCAUCAUUUUCUAAUCUGCCUUGCAAAGCAAGUUGCACAUCUCUCAUUAUGAGUAUGGAUUGAUGUUUGCUCAAUUCAAUGCCUACUCCAACACAAUAGACAAGUCGCAGUUAAUUGUGCAGUACGUCGCGAUCCCUCACUCAGGUUUCAAUAAAGCUUCUGCAGGGGCUGUUUUUUUGUCAACAAUGCAGGCUUGUGUGUUCAGCUUAUUUUUAUGCGCCGACUGGCCUGAGCUCGUGGUACUGGUUCAUGUGUUUAACAUGCAUACAGAAAGAUGCUCGAAAUUAUGAUUGCGAAACUUUGGAGAUACCGCACUGCUUUCUUCAAAAAUAUAACUGGAGUGCAGCAACUGA